CUCUUCUCAGUUCUCUGUAUUAACAUUAAACAUGGCAGCCGCCGGCGAGAGCAGCGGUUUCUCAUCAGAAUUCUUCAAAGUCUUCCUCGCCGAGAACAGCUCCACCCAACUCCGGUUUCCGCCGGCGUUCGUCGCCGAGGGACUGGGAAGGAGGAUUCUGAAGAAGAACGCGACUCUCGAAGACGAAACGGGGAAGACAUGGACGAUGGUGAUGAAGAGGGAACAGGAACUUGGGGAUCUGUUGCUUGACGAUGGGUGGCCGGAGUUCGUGACCGGCCAUUGUUUGGUAGAUGGGGAUUUCUUGGUUUUCAGGUACCGUGGUAACUGCUGCUUCAAUGUCGAAGUUUUCGGGAGAAACGGGCUCAAGAAGAAGAAGGCGAACGUAAAUUCUCAA